AUGUGUUUUACUUUCAUUAUUUCUUUCUUUCAGUUGAGAUUUUUAAUCUUUUUCAGUCGUAUUUUCUUUCUUUCUUUCUUUCUUUCUUUCUUUCUUUCUUUCUUUCAUUUCUUUCAAUUUCUUUAUUUCGUUCACCACAGUUCCUGUUACUUCUUUUUCAGUCGCAUUUUUUCUCAUUCUUUCUUUCUUUCUUUCUUUCUUUCUUUCUUUCUUUCUUUCUUUCUUUCUUUCUUUCUAAAUUUCUUUAUUUCGUUUACCACAGUUCCUGUUACUUCUUUUUUAGUCGCAUUCUUUCUUUUUUUUUCUUUCUUUCUUUCUUUCUUUCUUUCUUUCUUUCUUUCUUUCUUUCUUUCUUUCACCACAGUUCCUGUUACUUCUUUUUCAGUCGCAUUUUUUCUUAUUCUUUCUUUCUUUCUUUCUUUCUUUCUUUCUUUCUUUCUUUCUUUCUUUCUUUCUUUAUUUCUAGCAUUUUUUCUUAUUCUUUCUUUCUUUCUUUCUUUCUUUCUUUCUUUCUUUCUUUUUUUUCUCUCAAUUUCUUUAUUUCGUUCACCACAGUUCCUGUUACUUCUUUUUCAGUCGCAUUCUUUCUUUCUUUCUUUCUUUCUUUCUUUCUUUCUUUCUUUCUUUUUUUACUUCAUUUUUUUUUUAAUUUUUUCUCUAUGUGAGUUACUAUCUUUCAUCCUUUCUUUCUUUGUGUUUUUCUUUUCUUUUAACUUAGUUUGUGUUGCUUCUCUAAUUGUGAUUUUCUCACUUGAUUUAUUCCUUCUUUUACCGUAUGUGUAUCUUCUUGCUUUCUUUCUUUCUAUCUCAUUCGUGCUUUCUUUUCAUUAUCACACAUUUCAGGCAUUUUCUUUAACGCUUUCUUUCUUUCUUUCUUUCUUUCUUUCUUUCUUUCUUCUCGCUAGUACUUUUUUCAUUAUCAUUCAUUCCAGGCCUUUUCUUUCUUUGUCUCCUCUUCUUUCUCUCUUUCUUUUUUCUCAAACAAUUUCAAUAAUUAAUCGCUUCCAUUUAAUUGUGCUUCCCUUUAACUCAUAA